GAUCCUAGAAGAAGAAAACUUUCCCAACCAGCAGCAAACAAGCUGAGGCAACUCUGAGCGACAUACCACACGGUGCACGCACUCGCACACACGUACUGAGCCGUGAACCAGACUCCAUUGGAGCCAGCCGCGUACCGAGCACACGUGCAGGGGCACGGGAAAGUGGGCGACUUGUAGGCAGUGAGACCAGAGAGGAGCGAGAAUGGGAGAAGACGCAGUGCAGGCGGAGAGGAGCAGUAUGGGACAUGAGAGUCAGGAGCUGCUAGUGCCCAGUCCCACACACUCCUCGCCAACACACAGCCUCACGCAGCUGGGAACAGCAGCCGCGGCCACCCUUCUUCCGGCCUUUGGAUCUGUGGAGGACACCGCUGGCGUGCUUCCCAAGGACGGGGUCUCUCCCGCUAGCCAGGUCAACGCCAUCACGGUGCUCACGCUUCUGGACAAGCUGGUGAACAUGUUAGACACGGUGCAGGAGAACCAACACAAAAUGGAGCAGCGGCAGACUGAAAUGGAGAGUGCCGUGCGGGGCAUCCAGAACGACGUCACCAAGCUGUCCAAAAGCCACAGCGGCACGGCCAACACGGUCAGCAAGCUCCUGGAGAAAAGCCGCAAGGUCAGCGUUCACAUGAAGGAGGUCAAAGACAAGAUGGACAAGCAGGCCAGCCAGGUGAAGAGACUUGAGGUCAACCAUGCCCACCUACUCCGCAGAAACAACUUCAAAGUCCUUAUCUUCCAGGAGGAGAAUGAGAUCCCCUCCAGUGUGUUUGUGAAGGAGCCGACACCGCUGCCUCAAGAAGGCGAGACCGAAUCACUGGCCCUGGAUGCCAACCGGUCGCAUGAGGAAGAGGGGCUCCAAACCAUUCAACUCUCCUCUGAUGAGGAGUUUGGGCCAGAGGAGGAAGAAGAGGAGUCUUUGGGAAUGAUGGAGCUGGCAGGAGAGCAUGUGGAGAAAUCUCGUGCUGAGAAAAUCAAGCGUUCCAGCCUGAGGAAGGUGGACAGUCUGAAGAAAGCAUUUUCCCGGCAGAAUAUAGAGAAAAAGAUGAACAAGAUUAGCACCAAGAUUGUGUCACCAGAGCAGCGUGAGAAGAUCAAGAAGAGUCUAGCCCCCACCCACCAGAAGAAUCCAAGUGGUAAGAGCUCUUCCUUCAAGGUGUCUCCCCUCACCUUCAAUAUCAAGAAAAUUCGGCACGGCGAGGCCGAGACAAAUGUGCAUGCGGAAGCCGAGAGCUCAUCCAGUGCCAUGGCCGCCAUCGAGCUGGCACCCAUCGAUAGCCCAGAGCAGGAUGUGUCCUUCACAGAGGUCCAUUCACAGCUGGCACCAGGUCAGGGGGAGGCCAAAGCAGCUGUGGAGGCCAUGGAGAAAGAGGAGAUAGCUCUGAAUUACCCUGCCGAGGCGGAGCUGUCCAUCACAGAGGAAGUGAGCGUGGAAUACGCUCUAUCUGCAACACUCCCCCAGGAUGCCUCCCAUAUCAAGAUGUCCCAUGGAGCCUUCCGCGGAGGGGAUACAGAGGACGAAGAGCAGGAGAAGGAGGGAGAGGGGGCUGCUGUAGUUCAAGCUAAGAAUGUUGCUGUAGAGCAACUGUCUUAAGGUUCUGUUACUCUGCUCCUUCCAGGGCUGACCUGGCCCCGCCACCUGCUGCCACGCCCCUGCCCUCCCUCAGCACCCAGACACCCUGGCCUUCAGCGCAGCCCCACAGCCUUGUAUCUAGCAAGCUAAAGGCACAUAUCUGGAUUUGACUCUCACUGCUUGAAACCCUGAGAAUUUCUUAUGGUUAUUCUAUAAGAGAUUAGACAGAGAAAUAUGUGACAACCUUUGAGUGCCCUGCUCUGUGCAGCGUUAAAACAAGCCGGACUUCAUCCUGUUUUCUAGACUUACACAUUGCUACGUCAUCAGUCUGCUAUGCCAUGAUUUCUUUUUAAUCAUGGUUUACUCUCAAUGUCGAUUUUGUGUUUAAUGACUAUGAUCAAAAUCCAUUAUCUUAACUUCUUUAUCUAUUUUUUUCAGUUCUUAAAAAUCCCCACUAAUCGAAUGUUAGAAUGUUGUAUUUAGGAGUAAGAGCGCAGUAAGAAUGCAGUCAUCUCGGAGCACCGAGCCUCCUCUGGGUCAGAUAGCAAUGCUGGACUCCACUCUGGAAGUCUGCCUCUCACUGAUAGCAUUUUAGUGCCAGUGUGCUGCUGGCAGGCAAGGCUUUUGGAUGCAGGGCUGGUGUAGAACCAUUAGGGGACAUAGGAGAUUGUACAAAAAAGGACAGGUUAUGGUAAAGUGCAGAAAGAAGCCAGAUACAGGGGAUGGAUCUGACUGGUGAAUACAGGUUGGCAUUUCCAUCAGCAUUAAGGGCUGAACCAUAUCAGAUACAUAACAAAGCUCACUGCUCAUUUUUGAAAAAUAAUUAAACAAAAGUUGAAGUAAAAAAUAUCCCCACUAAUGUCUAAAAAUGCACAAUAAGCAAAGGAUAAUCAGGCAGUUAUGCAAGACUACAGUAUCAUGAAAAAUUUUAAUUCAAAAUAAAAAACUAAACUAAAAGUGUCCCUUAAAAACAGUAAAAAGUGUAAUUGACUUGUGCUGAGGCCAGGUGUCUGCUUCACGUGUGAAUAGGGAGGAGGGGGUUAUAGAUAGCUUCCUGACUUUAAAAUGUCUUGCUUAUGCUUAGAAUAUAUGAACUGCAGUUGUAUAACCAUCAAGAAGAUAACCGCAUCACUGACUCAGUAAUAUAUUAGAAAGAUCGCUAUUUUCACACUUAAAGUAUACUUACAAAAAAAAAAGAUCACUGUUGCCAAAGAAACUGAUCAUAGAAGACAACUUGUAACCAUAUUUUGUGGAGCUUUUAAUUAAUUUCAUUUACAUUUUCUAUACUGUUACUGAAUUACAUAUUUCUAGAAUAUUAUCAGAAUGCCAAUAAAAGAUUCUGAACCUCA